GAAAACCACACUUCCCGACGUGCACCGCGACACCAAAGGCCGACAAUCGGCGGUCGCUGGCUGGCGCCAUUUCCGUGGAGAGGAACGGCGUCGAGGCCCGUGAUCAUGGCGCUGUUCCCAGCGUUUGCGGGCGUUGGUGAGGCCCCCGGAAGUGGGGGCUCUAGGAAAGAAUUAGACUGGCUGAGCAACCCAAGCUUUUGUGUUGGAACAAUAACAUCAUCACUGAACCAACAAACCAAGGAGGCCACAGCCUUUGUUUCUGAAGGGUCCACACUGACAAGGAGUCCUUUGAAAUCAGAGCCUUCAGAUGAGAGUGACACUAACAAAAAGCUUGCACAAAUAAGCAGAAAAAAGAAGAAAGAGAAAAAGAAAAAAAGGAAGCAUCAGCACUAUAAGAAGACGAAGAGGAAGCAUGGGCAGUCGAGUAGCAGCGAGUCAGAGCCAGACACUGACUCUGGAGAGGACAGGUCGUGCCGAAGCAUCAGGAGUAGUCAGAAGGAGUCCGAGAAAGCCAGUCACGGAAAUAAUGCUGAUGUUGGACAUCACUCUAUUUGGCUUGAGGACAUCCAAACAGGAGAAAUCUUCAGAACAGAUAAGAAACCGGAUCCUGCAAACUGGGAGUAUAAGUCUCUUUACAGAGGGGAUAUAGCAAGAUACAAGAGGAAAGGAGACUCCUGCCUGGGCAUUAACUCUAAGAAGCAGUGUAUAUCUUGGGAAGGAGUUUCCACGGCAAAGAAGCAUUCACACAAGCACGUUGAGCGCUAUUUUACGAAGAAGAAUGUGGGAUUAAUGAACAUCGACGGCGUUGCUGUUACCAGUAAAACAGAGCCUCCUUCCUCUGAGCCAGUCCUGUUUAUCCCAGUGAAGGACUCUGAUAAUGUGGCCGCUCCUGUUACAACCUGGUUGAAUCCUCUGGGGAUUUAUGAUCAGUCAACCACACAGUGGUUACAAGGACAAGGUCCUUCAGAGCAAGAAUCAAAGCAGCCAGACUCCCAGCCAGACAGAGAGACAGCUGUUCUCAAGGCCAAGGUGGAGGAGUUUAACAGGAAGGUUCGGGAGAAUCCUCGGGAUAUUCAGCUGUGGAUGGCAUUUGUGGCUUUUCAGGAUGAGGUCAUGAAGAGUCCUGGCCUGUAUGCCAUUGAGGAGGGAGAGCAGGAGAAGCGGAAGAAGUCCCUGAAGCUCGUCCUGGAGAAGAAGCUGGCCAUUCUGGAGCGGGCCAUUGAGAGCAAUCAGAGCAGUGUGGAUCUGAAGCUCGCCAAGCUGAAGCUCUGCGCCGAGUUCUGGGAGCCUUCCACACUUGUCAAAGAGUGGCAGAAACUGAUCUUCCUACAUCCCAAUAAUACUGCCCUUUGGCAGAAAUACCUUUUAUUUUGCCAGAGCCAGUUUAGCACCUUUUCAGUUUCAAAAAUCCACAGUCUUUAUGGGAAGUGCUUGAGCACUUUGUCUGCGGUUAAGGACGGCAGCAUGUUAUCUCACCCUGCGUUGCCUGGCACAGAAGAGGCCAUGUUUGCACUCUUUCUUCAGCAGUGCCAUUUUUUGCGGCAGGCUGGCCACUCGGAGAAGGCCAUCUCUUUGUUCCAGGCCAUGAUCGAUUUCACCUUCUUCAAACCUGACAGUGUGAAAGAUCUGCCUACCAAAGUACAGGUGGAAUUCUUUGAGCCCUUCUGGGAUAGUGGAGAGCCCCGGCCUGGAGAGAAGGGCGCCCGAGGCUGGCGGGCCUGGAUGCACCAGCAGGAGUGGGGUGGCUGGGUGGUCAUCAACCCAGAUGAGGAUGAUGAUGAACCAGAAGAGGACGAGGAGGAAAUAAGAGACAAGACUCUGCCCAGGUGGCAGAUCUGGCUUGCUGCUGAGCGUUCCCGAGACCAGAGGCACUGGCGGCCCUGGCGCCCUGAUAAGACGAAGAAGCAAACUGAGGAAGACUGCGAGGAUCCAGAGAGACAGGUGUUGUUUGAUGACAUUGGACAAUCGCUGAUCAGACUUAGCAGCCAAGACCUCCAGUUCCAGCUGAUCGAGGCCUUUCUGCAGUUUUUGGGUGUGCCUUCUGGCUUCAUCCCUCCAGCCUCCUGCCUUUACCUGGCCAUGGAUGAGAACAGCGUCUUUGACAAUGGACUUUAUGAAGAGAAGCCCUUGACUUUUUUCAGCCCUUCAUUUUCUGGCGUUAGCUGUGUUGGCCACCUGGAGCGGUUGGGCGGUCCUCGCUGGGUCAAGGGUCACAAUCGAGAGGGUGAGGAGUUCAUCCGCAACGUCUUCCACCUUGUGAUGCCUUUAUUUUCAGGCAAGCAAAAGUCUCAGCUCUGCUUCUCCUGGUUACGGUAUGAGAUUGCAAAGGUCAUUUGGUGUCUACAAACUAAAAACAAGAAGAGAUUAAAGUCACAGGGGAAGAACUGCAAAAAACUAGCCAAGAAUCUCCUUAAGGAGCCAGAAAACCGCAACAGUUUUUGCCUCUGGAAGCAGUAUGCACAUCUGGAGUGGUUGCUUGGCAACAUAGAGGAUGCCAGAAAAGUUUUCGAUACGGCAGUCAGCAUGGCGGGCAACAGUGAGCUGAAGGACCGUGAGCUCUGUGAGCUCAGUCUGCUCUAUGCUGAGCUGGAGGUGGAGCUGUUGCAGGACUUGAGAGGGGCUGCCACAGGCCGAGCUGUUCAUGUACUGACCAGGCUGACCGAGAGCAGUCCCUACGGGCCCUACACUGGGCAGGUCUUGGCCACUCAGGUUUUGAAAGCUCGAAAGGCUUAUGAGCACGCGCUGCAGGACUGUCUUGGGGAGAAUUGUGCCUCUGGUCCAGCUGCUGCUGAUUCCUUGGAGUGCCUGAGUAGCUUGGUUAAGUGCUUUAUGCUCUUCCAGUAUUUGACUGUAGGGAUUGAUGCUGCUGCACGGACAUAUGAGCAGCUUUUUGCCAAACUAAAGGUCUCUCUUGUUCCAGAAGGCCUUGUCCUGGAGCACAGUGCCAGCUCCCAGAGUUUGACCAGCGUUCUUGAAGCCAUCACCCUGAUGCACAUAAGUCUACUGAGAUUCCACAUGAAAGUUAGUGUUUAUCCUCUGACUCCACUGCGUGAGGCGCUCUCGGAGGCUUUAAAGCUGUAUCCAGGCAACCAGGUUCUUUGGUGGUCAUAUGUACAGAUUCAAAAUAAGUCCCACAGUGCUAGCAAGACCAGAAGGUUCUUUGAUGCAAUCACUAGGUCUGCUAAACCCUUGGAGCCUUGGUUGUUUGCAAUUGAAGCUGAGAAAAUGAGGAAAAGACUAGUGGAAACUGUUCAGAGGGUAGAUGGCAGAGAGAUCCAUGCCACCAUCCCUGAGACUGGCUUAACACAUCGGAUCAGAGCCCUGUUUGAAAAUGCAAUGCGGAGUGACAGUGGCAGCCAGUGCCCCUUACUGUGGAGGAUGUAUUUGAAUUUCCUGGUUUCCUUAGGAAACAAAGAGAGAAGCAAAGGUGUGUUUUACAAAGCACUUCAGAACUGUCCUUGGGCAAAGGUGCUGUACCUGGACGCCGUGGAGUACUUUCCCAAUGAGCUGCAGGAGACCCUGGAUCUGAUGGCCGAGAAGGAGCUCCGUGUGCGCCUGCCGCUGGAGGAGCUGGAGCUCCUGCUGGAGGACUAGGGCACUAGACGUGUGGCUCUUCCUGAUCGUUUUCCUCCUGCACAGGUUUUGGGUGUGCACACCACACAAAAGCUGUUGUUUUGCAUAUUAUAUGUGUGACUGUACAGAGAUGAAGACUCGCUCCUGAUGAUCACGACACCUUUUGUGACUGAGGUGUGUGCAACUUCUCGUUCCUCUGCCUGGCCAGCCCUAGCCCUGGCUUGGUGCACAGAGCUUCUCUGGGCAUCCUUGGGGGGUCCUGUGAGCCCCUGAGUUUGGACGUCAAGGUCUGGCCACUGAAGAUUAGUACCUCCUCUCCACUCUUCACUCCACACAGUGGAGGGUUCUUUAGCACUCGCUCUUCUGCCUUGGGUCAGGUGUGUGGCGAGUUACCCAGGAGAUUCCUGCCUGUGGGCCAGCAGUGUCCCCUGGAGCUGGUGAGCACUGCAGACUCCCGGGCCCAGCCCUGCCCUGGCGGGUCAGAAUCUGCCCUCUCCUGAGCCCAGGUGCUUAUGGGUCAGCGGAGUGUGGAACAUGUGACCGAGGGUGUGAGCACCUCUCUGCAGGAAGCCUGCUGGUGACCCCAGCCCAGAGAGGGCGACACCUGCAGCCACUGCCUUCCCCCAGCCCAGCCCGACGUCCUGCAGGUGCCCAGGUGCUCCUUUGUCUCUUCUUCAGCAGCCUGCUGAAGACAAGAAGGUGCUGUGUCCUGGUUUUGCGUCUGAGGCUGUGGAUAGAUGAGACACCUGUCUGCUGCUGAAGAGAUCUGUAGUGCAGUCAUUUCCAUGGUCAACAAGGCAGGGUGGGAAGAACAGCUUGCCUGUGUUCCCUGAGCACUGCUGCCAAGUGAGUAGCUGCUUGGUGGCUUUUUUAUUUUUAAUAUUUUUCUCCAGAACCACCAAAGACUUGGGUUCCUUUGCCACCUCCUCCAGAAAAGCCAAUGCCGUAGAAUGUAAUUUUGAGAAGAAACAGAUGGACAUAGGUGGGGAAAAGACGGGAAGGAACAGAGCCACAGUAUUUUCUGGGGCAAUCCCUCCAGACAUGAAGGACGCUGGCCAGCCUGCCCUGUCUCUCGCCACACUACAGGCCACUCCUCUGCUGCCUCUCAGAGUGAGAACUCAGGACCUGAGAGCUGGGCCCUGAGAUGGGCAGGACCACUGGGACUCUGGCGGUAAGGAGAUGAUUAAAGAGAACUGGCCUCUCUGGGCUGCUCCCAGGAGGACAUUUGCCACCCUCACCCUUGCCCUCUGUGUGGCUGGGCAGCAAGCCAGGCACCUUGCAGACCUGACUGGGGUUGUGGAGCCAGAGCCCAGGACCAAGCCACAUUCUCCAUAACUAGUGCCCUGAUCCCUCACUGCCUCCGUGUCUCAAAGCCCUGAUGGGAACCUGUAGUGUGGGCAGGGAACCCCGGAGACCUGAUAAAGCAGCAUCUCAGAUUGACCACUCACCUUGCUUGCUGCAUGAAAAGAGGUUUAAAAAAAUCAGGUAGUCUCUGUGGGGUAGAUGUUUUAUAGAAAAAAGGAUGGUGAGGUAUUUAUUGUUAGGAUUUUUAAAAGCCUGUUUGAGCCAGGCAGGGUGGUGCAUGCUUAUCACGCCUGCUGUCUGGGAGGCUAAGUCAAGAGGACUGCAAGUUCAAGCUCAGCCCGGGCAACUUAAUGACUUAGCAAGACCUUGUCUCAGAAAGUAAACAAAAAGGGUAUGUGUGUGGAGUGUGGCCUAGUGUGAAGGCUCUGGGUUCAGUCCUCGGUACUGUAAAAAUAUUUUUUUAAAAAGCCUGUUUAAAAGAUCGUUGGCCUUGAGUUGGAAAGAUGGUCAGUCUCCUUCUGAGAACAACAGUAAGCCUGGCGGGCAGAGAAAGGGUUGGAGCUCAUCCAGGUCAAUUGGACCGUGCACUUAGCAGGAGUGGUGGCUGUUUCCUGAGGGAAUGGCUGAGCACAUCAGACCCCAGGGGUCAGCCAGGCCCCAGGCCUCUGGGACAAUGUUCUUGCACAAAGCAGGGCCAACACUGUGGCUUACUGGGUCUUGGGAAGCAGAAGCUGGAAGGUGCGCUCUGUAUUUUGUCCAGCUAAGAGGAGGCCUCUUUCCUUCCUGCUGCUUAUCACACACACAUAUUCCUUCUUUCAUUAAAAAAUGGUAUGGUAGUCUCUGGAAAAGGCCAAAUGAUAGAGUGUUAGAGUUUCCACUAAGAGUCCUGCUGAGGAAGGGCCUCAGAACCACUGGCUUUUCCUCAGGCAGAGGUUUGUCCCUGCCCUGCUCACCAAGCAGAAGCAUCAAGGGUAGAGACUGCUCUGGGAACCCUUGUUACCCACGUACCUGUCCUGUGUCUGCAACGCUGGGCACUCUGGGCCUCGGUGACCAUCUGCAGGCAUGGUAACUUCAGCAUUAUUUUGGUCAACAAGUAAAGUGGAGCGGCAGCUGGAAUGGGUGGAGGUGGAGUGCAUUUCAGGCUUUUCCCUAACUCCCCCCCAACCCCCCAUCCUAGGUGCUGGCAUUUGCUUUGGCUGCUUUUGUACAGUUGACCCAAGGGAGACUUUCCCUGUGGAUAGAGGAAAGGACCUGAAGAUUACCGAGGAAGAGGAAGUAUGGGUAUGCUGUGUGGGUUUCUUCAUCUGAAAUUUGUAGACAAGUUUUGAGUCCCAUCGCAGAACCCCCUCGAACAUACCAGAAUCCAAGGAUGCUCAAGUCCCUUAUAUAGAAUGGCAUAAAUUUGAAUAUAAUCUAUGCACAUCUUCCCAUAUACUAUAAACCACUAUACACUGCUUAUAAGAGUCCUAUAAAUGCUGUGUAGUUAUUAUAUUUGUGGAAAUAAUGACCCCCCAAAAAGUUUACAUACUCAGUGCAGCUGCAAUUUUUUUCCAAAAUAUUUUUUGACCCAUGGUUGGUUGAACUCAUGGGU